AUGAAAGGCCGAGCUGUGCUCAAGAUCGGAAAGACGCUCUCAAGGGGCCCUGAGCGACAGUCAAGUCUCUGCCGGGACCUACAUUUCUCGCCAAAGCAGACAAAUGGCAUAACGGGCUUGACAGCUAAGGGAGCUGUAUCAGGGGCCCUUGAACGCGCCAUUGAGCGGGCCCGGAGAGACUUUCGAUCCGAUACCGUGACUGUCCCUACCGAGGCCGUGAUGGAGGCAAUUGUCAAUGCGUCAACCUUUGGGGAUGAUAUUUACGACGAGGAAGGGGACGCAACAGUGAAUGAGUUCCAGGAGAAGAUCAAAGCACUAACAGGCAAAGAGGCAGCGCUCUUUGUCGUAUCCGGUACCCAAGGCAAUCAGAUCUGUCUGCGGACUCAUUUGCACCAGCCACCUCAUACAAUUCUUCUUGACUACCGUGCUCACGUUCAAACCUGGGAAACUGGAGCAAUUCCUGUUCUGUCGCAGGCAACAGUGACAAGCGUUGAGCCGAAGAAUGGUGUUCAUUUGACCCUGGAAGAUGUGAAGGAUCGGAUUAUUGAGGAAGGAAACUUCCACUUUCCACCUACGCGAGUUGUCUCCCUCGAAAACACCCUGAGUGGCUCGAUUCUCCCAUUGAAAGACGCCAGAGAGAUUUCGAACUAUGUCCGCAGAGUUCGUGUGCCGCCAGGCCGAGCCCCAAUCGCCAUGCAUCUCGAUGGAGCCCGGCUGCUGGAAGGUAUAACUGCAGAAGGCGUAACAGCCAGGGAGUACCUUGACUGCUUCGACAGUGCUAGUAUCUGCAUUUCCAAGGGCUGUGGUGCUCCAAUGGGCAGCGUCAUCGUUGGUACUCGCGAGUUCAUCGACCGCGCGAAGUGGUUCCGGAAGAUGUUUGGAGGCGCAACUCGACAGACGGGAAUGAUGGCCGCUGCUGCCAUCGCUGCGAUGGAGCACACUUUGCCCCUACUUCCGAAAGUGCAUGCGCUCACCCGGCGCGUGGCCGACUAUCUGCAUCGGAUCGGGUACGAAUUCCUCAUGCCAGUGGAUACCAACAUGAUUGUCCUCGACUUGAAGAAGACUGGCAUUACUGGAGAUGAUAUUGUUUUCUACUGCAAGCAGCAGGGAUUGUUGGUAUUCCCUAACGGGCGGCUAGCCUUCCACCAUCAGAUAUCGGACGACGGGGUUGCUCGGCUUCAGAGAGCGUUGUUGGAACUGAUUACGGAUAAGAAGAGAUACUAA